AUAGCUACAACAAGACAUCACCCAUCACAAACCACGACUCAGUGUUAUGGCAGCCAGCCAUGGCGCAGACUUACUACGGGCGGACUCAGAUAUAUCAAAACGCAUCUCAGGACAGCCCUUGAAAUCUGUUCUGGAGGAUCUGAGUGCCAUUAACGGAGCUGAAGAUCUUAUUUGCACACUAUCUGUGCCGCUCACAGUGAAAGUCGCUGUAUUGUGCGUAUUCCACACGGCCCGUACAGUCGAGCUUCUGGACGACCGAGAAUUUUCUAGCCUUGCUGAAGCCGCCGAAAUGAUAGCUAUCCUCUCCGGAAUCAUCGUGGACCAUGCACUUGCAUAUGAAGGUCAAUUAAAGUCGCCGGCGAAUAUCGCUACUACAGUCCGAGGAGAUCGCCAACCUAUCCCGAGUGGUAGUGCUUCGAGAACCAUUUCACUUGCGGAGACUACAAUCAACAUCAUUCCUGACCAGUAUCCCGAAAAGGCCACGUAUUUGACCGAACUUGGUCUCACGCUUGAGGAUCGUUACCGCUGUUCGGAGGAUAUAAAUGACCUCGAGAAGGCCAUAUACUGCAAGCAACGAGCCGUCUCCCUAACUCCAGAGGACCAGUCGAUCAGAGCAUUAUAUCUAUAUAACCUCGGUGCCAUAUAUGAUCUACUCUUCGACCGCACCGGCGAUUUAUCCGACAUCGACAAGGCGCUUUCGUUUAUGGAACAGGCCAUAGCCCUCGUAGAGGACGACCGAGCCGACAAGGCCAGUUAUUUGAGCUGCACCGCCAACUCUUAUCGCAGACGAUUCGAGAAGUCUGCAGCGCUUGUUGACAUUGACAGAGCUGUGAUACUGUUCGAACAGGUCAAAGACCUUAUGGCCGUCACUGGCCAUGCAGAUGGUACCGCUGAAAUAUCUAUGAAUAUAGAUAGCCUGGCUGUGUGUUUACGCAUGCGAUCAGAGCAGAUAGAGGAUCUUCGAGAUCUGGAGCGAGCGCUCUCGUAUCAUGCACAAGCGGUCAAGUUAGCCUCUGACGAUGACCAGGAUAAACCCACAUACAUCGCAAACAUGGUCACAGCUCGUCUCCUCCGUUUCACGCGGUUAGGGGAGCUAACAGAUCUUGACGAUUCCGUGGCGUUGUACGAGCAGGCCGCGCGGGCCAUACCCGAUGGCGGUCCUAACAAAGCCGUGUAUCUAGACGAUCUAGCCAUGUCCUACCAUCGGCGUUUCGAAUAUAACAAGGAGAUUUCAGACUUGGAGAGAGCCAUCUCGACGGAAAGACAGGCGGUGGCAACAGCGUCUGGAGCAUCCGGGAGCACAGAGGCACCAUUCUAUAUCACUAAUCUCGGUGACCUUGUCAAAGGCCGCUUCGAGCUACUUGGGAAUGUAAUUGACCUAGAUGAGGCAAUUGCAUUAUACCGGCAGGCCAGCGAACAGACGACCAAUAGUGAUAUUGACAAACCGACCCGUCUUAAUCGCCUUGCGGAUUCACUCGAGGCCCGUUUCAACCGGCUAGCUGAGCGGUCUGACCUCGAGGACGCGAUUUCGUUACAAGAAAACGCACUCCACCUGACGCAAAAGGAUGAUCCUUUUCGAGCUUCACGGCUAACUAACCUGGGUAUCACAUAUCAAAUACAAUGGACGCGAUUGGGAGACGUAACAGCUCUCGACAAGGCAAUAGCUUUGAUGAGCGAGGCAGUAGGCCUCACACCGAGUGGGACAAGCAGACCUCCCCAGCGACUACAUAACCUGGCCAUGUCCUUACGGAGCCGUUUCCGUCACUUGGGGUCGGUGCAUGACCUCGAAGAGGCAAUCUUACUCGAGACAGAGGCAGUCUCUUUAUUUCCAGACGGCGACCCUGUUAAACCGAAGGCUCUCAAUGGUCUGGGAGUCUUGCUGAUGAAUCGAUUCAGUCAGUUGGGCAACAGAACGGACCUUGACGCGGCCAUUACCUCGAUGGAGGCGGCUAUCGCGCGUACGCCUACUGGACACUCGACCAGGUCUCAUCCGCUCAGCAAUGUAGCGGACGCUUAUAGGGUUCGAUUCGAGCAAUCUGGCGACCUCCUUGAUCUUGACGAAGCCAUCUCAUCACAGGAGCACGCUAUCGCUCUGGCGUACAUUGGAGAUCCAAACAAGCAUAUCUCUCUGAACAACCUGGGAAUCGCCCUUCAGGUGCGAUAUGAACGUCUCGGGGAGCUUCCCGACAUAGACAAGGCGAUCUCAUCUCAGGAGCAAGCCCUAAAAUUAAUCUCUAACGAUCAUCCCAACCAACCACUUUGGUUAUCCAAUCUCGGAACGGCCCUGCAAGUCCGAUAUGACAAGUCAGGACAAUUGGUGGACCUUGAAAAGGCGAUCUCAUCGCAGGAACAAGCAGCGACUCUUAUAUCUGAAAACAGUCCUUUCAGACAAACGAUCCUGGCCAAUCUGGGACUCGCUCGACGAGGACGUUUCGAAAGAUAUCGAGAGUUAGGCGACCUUGAUAACGGAAUCGCUACGAUGGAGGCAGCCAUCGCCCAAUUCUCUGAUGACCAUCCUCAGAAGCCCGCAGCGCUCAAUAGUCUGGGUGUGUCUUUACGCGAUCGGUUCUCGCGUCAAGGAAAGGCUGAUGAUACCGUUCGAGCAUGUUCCUUAUACAAGGAUGCGGCGUUGGCACAGACUGGUUCACUGUCUCCCCGUCUACAUGCAGCUGGGAAAUGGGCAAGGCUGGCUCUCGAAAACAGAGAUAUAUCGUCCUCUAUGGAGGCGCAUAGGCUGGCCCUGGACCUCAUUCCACGCAUCGUCUGGUUAGGAACAAAUGUAGAGAAUCGGUACCAAGACAUUAGCGUUAUCGGGGAUGCGGCGAAUGAGGCAGCUGCAGUGGCCAUCGCUGCCGGGGAAUACAGCCUGGCAUUGGAAUGGUUGGAAGAAGGCCGAUCUAUCGUAUGGGGCCAGCUACUUCGUCUACGCACACCUGUCGAAGACCUCCGUACGUUCGACCCAACGCUCGCAGACAAGUUGGAAGAAGUAGGACGAAGCCUUGACCGUGCUGGUGCAGCGAGUCACAUUAUGACGACAUCGGUCAGUUCGGAGGAUGAAGUCCAGAAACGCCACCGUCUUGCAGAAGAGUGGCAACGUCUAAUCGACGAAGCUCGACGUAUACCCGGCUUCGAAGACUUUCUUCAACCAAAGAAGAUCGUGCAUCUGUCCCGUGCUACUCACACAUGCACUGUGGUCGCAAUCAAUGUCCACAGAUACCGAUGCGACGCCCUCAUCCUGCGGCCAAACUGCGACGAAGUCAUUCACGUCCAUCUCCCCCGUCUUUCGUACGCAAGAACAGAGGACCUACGCAAACAUCUAAUGCAGUCCUUGAAAAAUGCUGGUGUACGUUCCCGGGGAUCUAGGGUCGACCCCGUCAGACUCAAAGAUGGGCUUCGGCGUGUGUUGGCCAUACUCUGGAAUGACGUUGUGCAGCCUGUUUUAGACAGACUAUCAUAUUUGCACGAUGAUGGCGGAGAACUCCCUCAUGUUACUUGGUGUGCUACAGGUCCUCUCGCUUUCCUCCCCCUGCACGCAGCUGGAAUCUACGGAAGACCAGGAAAAAAGAUCUUCAACCACAUCAUAUCCUCCUAUACACCCACUGUUACAAUUCUCCUGCCUCGUCCCGCAGUCAAGUUUCGAGGUAUCCUUGCUGUCAGCCAGCCAGCGACUCCGGGCCACAAUGCACUUCCGAAGACCGACACUGAAGUUGAACAGGUCGCGCUCCAUGCACAUAACCAGAGCUUGACCGAAUUGAAAGGAGCCUCAGCUACCGUCGACGCUGUCCUGGACGGUAUGGCCAAACACAGCUGGAUACAUCUCGCUUGCCACGCCAUCCAAGACGCCACCGAUCCUCUAAAAAGCGCAUUCGCAUUCCAGGAUGGAAUGCUGGACCUCGCCACCAUCAUGCAGAAGUCACUCGUACACGCUGACUUCGCCUUCUUGUCUGCAUGUCAAACCGCAUCAGGAGACGAAAAGUUGCCAGAGGAGGCCGUACAUCUCGCCGCAGGGAUGUUGAUGGCUGGAUAUCGUAGCGUUCUCGCUACGAUGUGGUCCAUUGCGGAUGUUGAUGCACCACUGAUUGCGGACGAGAUAUAUGCUACUCUAUUGAAAGGCGACGGGGAACCAGAUAGUGGGAGAGCGGCGUACGCGCUACAUGACGCGGUUGCGAAGCUUAGGGAAAGAGUCGGUGAAGACGCGUUCGCCCGAUGGGUGCCAUUCAUUCAUGUAGGACAAUGA